AUGGUCACCGUAUCGCGCCCUGUGGCUCAAGGAACCUUUGAAGAAUAUUACCAGCUGUUCAACACCACAAAUGAUACAACCCAAAUGCGGAUUCUCAAAAACUACCUUCACCCAGCUGUGGCUCCGGAUUUGUCGUUCCACGGCUUCCAGGAAAAAUUCCAACAUGCUACUAAACAAGAGCAGCGCGAAAUUCAUAGGCGGGUCUAUUCCAAACUCAUCCCAUCUCCUUAUCGACCUAGGUCUGCUUACACGAAGGAGAAUCUAAUCCUUCUCGUCCACCCAACCCGUGCAGGUGAAGAAAUGAAAUGUUACCUCCUACCCGGAGCCCUCUUCCAAGGCGGCGUCGGAUACAGAAUCAACUGCUACGAAUUCCUUGAGGCAGUCUACCAGGGUGUCCGAGUCGACGGCAUGAUCCGUGUCAUCAGAAGACUGAUCGACUACUACGAUUUUCUCAUCCCACAAACAGAUGAUCAACGCCUAGACAAAGGCGCCCUGCAAGAUUUAGCCUGGGCCACUCUCGGUGUUCUCGGUCCCAUAUUCGGCCCCAUGCUCAGACGACAGUCCAAGAUCCUCGAUAAAUCCUGCUUCAUCCGUCAGUAUUACAUGGACCUGUACAUGACGAACCUCCUGGGUGAAAAGGUGACCGUCCAACAUCGCGCUGAUAAGACCAUUCCUGUUCUCUUGCGCAUUGGUGUUGACAAUUACGACAAUAUCCUGACUCAUGAGACGACUGGCAUCUUGUGGGAUUGGUACCCUGACUGGGACAACCUGAUUGGGACAAUGUAUGUGAAAGAUGAGAAUGGUGCACCGCAUGCCUUUGAAAUCGAUGAUUUGACUAUGGAUUGGAACCCAGAGGUUCUCACACCUGUUGACGGACCAAAAUGGGUGGUUGUUCCAAGAUGGUCCAAGAUUCGCUCCAGGAGUAACAGCAACAGCAACAACAACAUUACUGCCACCAAGAAUGUCAAUACUGAUGUCGCUGCCGGGGUCACUGCCGAUAUCAAAGCUGAUAAAGUCAUGAAUCUUGGCACGGAAAAUGACGCCGACACGGAAACAGUCAACAAUAACGGUGUCCCUCUUGUCGCAAUUGACCAAUCCCGUCGCCAGAACAACAGCAACAACAAUAAUCAUCAGCACAAUCAGGAACUUCCAUCUCUGGACCAAACAGAGGCAGCCAGAACAUUCCUCCCCGUGCCGUCCCCAUAUUUCAAUCAUGACGGACAGGACACGGCCAUGCCGCGACCUACCCCUGAACCAUACGUACAUGUGAAGUUUCCAAUGCUCGCUGGUGACGCUGACCCCCACUACCCUGAUGACGAUGACUAUGACGAUGAGAUGGUGGAAGUCGAGUAUGAUCAAGAGCAAGAUCCUACACCUUCUGAAAAAGACUCAGAACAAGAAGGAUUCGACCAAAGCCAAUCCCAAGAGCAACAGGCCCAUCCACCGCCUUGGCCACACUAUUCGGACCAGCAACAACAACAACAGCAGCAGCAGCAGCCACAAACUGAGGUUUAUCGGCUAACACAGCCGCUGCUACAAAGGAAUCAAUACACUAUCGAACUUCCAGAAGGAGUACGAAUCGUGGUCUACUUCUCCAAAUCGGGGUCUAGGUCUAGGAGUAGAUCUCGGUCCGGUUAA